AUGUUUCCUCCAAUCGUCUCGAAAUCCGAGCUUCUCGCCAACUUUGACACUUUCGUCUUCGAUGCCGAUGGCGUGCUCUGGACGGGAGAUGUGCCUGUGCCGGGAGCAGCCGAUUGGAUCAAUACUUUGCUGAACGACGAGUCAAAGUCCGUGUUCAUCACCACGAAUAACUCGACGAAAACUUUAGAGCAGUACAUGUAAGUUUGAAGAGAUCUGUCCGACUGUUUCUCCAAUAAUAUUCAGGCAAAAAGUCGGCAAAAUGGGCUUCGGUCGUCUCGGAAAACGAAAUCUGAUCAGUCCGGCCAUCGUGCUCAUCGAUUACUUGCUGACGAACUCUGAAAAGUUCAAGGACGAGUGGAUCUAUCUGAUCGGAGUGGAGAAUCUGAAAACGAGUCUGGAAGAAGGGGGCGGAGUCAAGUGUUUCGGGACCGGAGAGGAUCACAAGAACGACUAUACGGACGGAGAUUUCAUUUUCGAAGUGGACGUGACGAGGAAGCCGAAGGCCGUCGUCGUGAGUUUCGACUCGCAUUUCAGGUGAGCGGGCAAAUGGUCCCUUUCGCUUGAAGUCAAAUGUUUCAGCUAUCCGAAACUGAUGAAAGCGGCCAAUUACCUGGCAGAUCCCCACGUCGAAUUGCUCGUUUGCAAUGAGGACACCACGUUUCCGGGGCCCGUUCGCGGGAUGAUCCUGCCGGAGACUGGUCCUUGGUCGGCUGCCAUUCAAAACGUUUCGGGGCGGAAACCGACGGCGGUGUUUGGGAAACCACACAAACAAAUGGCCGACUUUUUGAAGUCUAGAGUCGACGCGAACAAGUUCGAUGCGACACGGACGGUGAUGUUCGGAGAUCGACUCGACACUGACAUGAUGUUCGGCAAAAGAAACGGGUGA